GCUAAGUUUCUCCAGCGCUUUGUGUUUUGUUUCAUAUCUCCUGCAUUCUUUGUGUUACAUAUUCAUAUGAUUUUAUUUUGUCCUGUCGUAAAUCUCUGCUCUGAGCCAACACUGCAAGCAGACCCCAGUGUGGAAGUAUUCAUUGGUGAACGCUUUAAACUCGCCUGUUUGGCCGAACCCUUUCACGAUGAUUAUCUCCUGUUGUACGUAUUUUAUAAAAAUGGUGAAUUUCUCAAUUUCCCUUCAGAGAAGAGCAGUUACACAACAAAGGAGGCAACACUGGACCAUUCGGGAACUUACCAAUGUGAAGUCAAGAUUCGAGACAAUAAACUGACGAAAAAGAGUAAUAUAGUUCCCAUUUCAAUCAAACCACAGGCACACAGCGCUGAGAUGGCAGCACACAUUGUCCAACUGUUUCUGAUCCUUUCUCUCCUCGCAUUGCUUCCCAUCAAACUCCAGAACAGGAAACAAGAUGGGUGAGACACUCCGGCAGAUAAUCGGUGAUCGUUCUCCAGUCACAGCUCAAUCUGAUUCUUCCAGCAGAUCCCGGCAGCAGAGCGAGGUGAUGGAAAAUCGAGCUGAGGAUGUGAGUGAAGGCAGACGCACAAGAAAUUUCGAUUAUGCUGAGAUUGGGCCAAGUCGACUAAAUGUGACGAGCUGUGCUGGAGCAGAGUACUGUUCAGUGAAGAACACAGGGACACGUGAUGGGAAACAUUCAUUUUGUUCACAAACCUCAAUAUUCGAGAGCAAUGGAGCAAAGCCAGAGAAAUAUUAUUAAA